UGCCCCUUAUAUUGCAAGAGAGAGUGAGCGAGUAAGUGAGAAUCUUUCGAUUGGGAAGGGGAGAAAGAGAGCGACAUCGGUUGUUCUGGGUUUGGCUGAAAGGAUCUCUCUUUCUCUCCUUUAGUCUUGAUCUUAAUCUUCUUUGAAUUGAACGGCGAAAGAUGAGCAAAUCAGAUGAGAACAGCGUUGGACUAAUUGGAUCAACCAAUCUUCCACAAAGCGGAGGAGGAGGAGGAAAGAUCAUGGCGGCGGCGAACACUGGCCCGACCAGAAGAGCGCUCAGUGCAAUUAACAAGAACAUCAAUGAACCUCCCUCUUACCCUUAUGCUGUUAACAACAAGAGAUCACUUUCCGAAAGGAAUGCUGCAAUCUGUAACAAACCACCUCCGCACCGACCAGUUACUAGGAAGUUUGCUGCUCAGUUAGCUGGUAAUAAGCCACAAAUCCAGAAAGAGGCAACUAAGAGACCAGAGUCGGUUCCAAGUGAAGAAGCAGAGAGGGUUGACAUCGAUGUGGAUGAAAGUGGUAAGGAAGAAGGAGACGACUUUAAUGAACCAAUGUUUGUACAACACACCCAAGCAAUGAUGGAGGAGACUGAAAUGGAAGAUGCAGAUGAAGAUGAAGAAGAAGAAGAGAGAGUGAUCAAUAUUGACGCUUGCGAUGAGAACAAUCCUUUAGCCGUAGUUGAGUAUAUCAAUGAUAUAUACGACUUUUUCAAGAAAUCUGAGGAGCUUAGUUGCGUGCCUCCUAACUACAUGGACAAUCAGCAAGAUCUUAACGAGAGGAUGAGAGGAAUCCUCAUUGACUGGUUGAUUGAGGUGCACUACAAGUUUGAACUGAUGGAGGAAACACUUUAUCUCACAGUCAGUGUCAUCGAUAGAUUCCUUGCGGUUCACCAAAUCGUGAGGAAAAAGCUUCAGCUUGUUGGUGUCACCGCUUUGUUGCUAGCUUGCAAGUACGAGGAAGUCUCAGUUCCAGUCGUAGAUGAUCUCAUCUUGAUCUCUGAUAAGGCUUACACUAGAAGAGAAGUGCUGGAUAUGGAGAAGCUAAUGGCCAACACUUUGCAGUUCAAUUUCUCUUUGCCUACUCCUUAUGUGUUCAUGAGACGGUUUCUCAAAGCUGCCCAAUCUGACAAAAAGCUUGAGGUUUUGUCGUUUUUCAUCAUCGAGCUGUGUCUGGUGGAGUACGAGAUGCUGGAGUAUACUCCAUCUAUGCUAGCAGCCUCGGCAAUCUACACUGCUCGGUGUACACUUAAUGGGUUCGAGGAAUGGAGCAAAACCUGCGAGUUUCACACAGGCUACACGGAAGAAGAGCUACUGGCAUGCGCAAGGAAGAUGGUUGGUUUCCAUCGCAAGGCAGGAACAGGGAAGCUAACGGGAGUUCACAGGAAGUACAACACAUCAAAGUUCUCUUAUGCUGCAAGAACCGAACCAGCUGGGUUUCUACUAUAAUUGGAAGGAGAAAAACUAUAGUAAUAAUAAGAUUGAAUUGACACAGAAUCUAAAUUUGAGAUGUACAACUGUUGGUUGAGUUCUUCUUCUCUUCUAAGGUUCUUUAGAUCUUUCUUUACUUGAGAGAGAGAAUAAAAAAGAUACAAAUGUUUCUUUU